GACCACGUGGUUCCAGGAGGCCCCUGUGCUAGUGCUAGGUAGGUGGAGGGUUACCCGGCCCCGGAAGCGGUGGGCGAAGCGGGAGGGGCCGGCCUCGCCCCCGGUACCCGCUGUCCUGUGCCCUUCCCCAGUCAUGGGCGUGCAGCCCCCCAACUUCUCGUGGGUGCUCCCCGGCCGGCUCGCGGGGCUGGCGCUGCCCCGGCUCCCCGCCCACUACCAGUUCCUGCUGGACCAUGGUGUCCGGCACCUGGUGUCACUGACGGAGCGGGGGCCCCCGCAUAGCGACAGCUGCCCCGGUCUCACCCUGCACCGACUGCGCAUCCCAGACUUCUGCCCGCCGGCCCCCGACCAGAUCGACCGCUUCGUGCAGAUAGUGGACGAGGCCAACGCCCGGGGAGAGGCGGUGGGGGUGCACUGUUUCCUGGGCUUUGGCCGCACCGGCACCAUGCUGGCUUGUUACCUGCUGAAGGAGCGGAAACUGGCUGCAGGAGACGCCAUCGCUGAGAUACGGCGCCUUCGACCUGGCUCCAUCGAGACCUAUGAGCAGGAGAAAGCAGUCUUCCAGUUCUACCAGAGAACUAAAUAAGGGACCUCAGCAUCCUUCUGCCAGGGCCCCGUUGCCCUGACCUGUGCAUUAGAUGGGGCCAGAGACUAAAAGUGGACUGAAAGUGCCAAGCCCUCCAGCACCCAGCUGGCUUAAGAGACUGAAGCGGCCCUUCCCUGCAGGCAGGUCCUGGUCGGAGGAAUGGCUGGAGCUGCAUUGAUUUGAGGGCUGGGGGGCGUCCCUCUGCUGCUGCUUUGAAUAAAUAACUUAAGAAACA